GCUAUGUUGACACACAACACACUGACACUCUCAGACAUAGAGGUUAAUGGAUAGUGAUGGGGUAGGUUAGACAUACCUGUGGAUGUAUAUGUCAUGGAUCUCAAUCUCACCCGGAGGAUACUCUGCGUCUGGCUCUGGACCAUAGCAUGCUCGGUGAAUGUUCUGGGGCAGGGGACCAGGGCUGGGGCUGGGGCUGUCCCUCAUCUGUCAAAGAAAGAUGUUCUACUGUUGGCGGAUGAUGCAGAUCCAAAGUGUUUUACCAGGACACAGUAUGACUUCACCUGUUUCUGGGAGAUGCCAGACAACAAGUCUUAUGACUUCUUCUAUAGUAACGAUGAUCGGGAGGAGAAGAGGUGUAAUCUUAUUCUCCAGAGGACAGAGGAGGGGCAAAUCCUCCAUGUCUGCUCCUUCCCUCCCUCUGAUGUCUUCCUGUUCACCUUCACACACAUCAGAGUGAUGGAGAGCAGCUCCAACUACACACUAUACGCACGCACUGUCAGCAUCGAGGACCAGGUUCUCCUGGACCCCCCUGUGAAUGUAUCCCUUCACCCGACAGGGCAUACUGGGCAGUUCCAGGUGGCGUGGCACACACCCAGAGAGUGGGAGAACAACAUGCAGUAUGGGAUACGUUACUCUUCCCAGAGCCUGAGGGAGAGAACGGAACUGAUAAAGCCAGUGAGGUCCCAAAUCCACAGCCUGGUCUCUCUGGCGCCAGGGGAGGUGGUCAGCGUCCAGCUGAGGGUCAAACCCAACGGCUACAGCGAGAAAGAGACCAGCGGUCAUUGGAGCGACUGGUCGGUCACCAAAACUGCCAUGGUUCCCCAGAGUGCAGCUGAUAUCUCAUUGUUGUGCCACACUUCUGACCUGCAAAACAUCACCUGCCAAUGGAAUGGGCAGGCCUACAGAGAUGAUACUUACACCAUAUACUACAAGCUGGGACCCAGUGAACGUGAGGACUGGAGAGAGUGUACGCAGAAUGAGAACAUCUCCUACCGUUGCAGUUUCCAUGGAGCAGAGUCCAGUGAGAUACGGGUCAAACUCAGCGCUGGUCCUGCUACUCCCAGGCGGACCUUCUACACUGAGCCUUUCAGACUCAACAACAGCAUUCAAACAGUCCCUCCUGGGAGGCUGAGGGGACAAUGGGAGAAGGGCAGGCUGUGUCUGAAAUGGGACACCCCCCUAUUGGCCCUGUCUGUCCACCUGAUGUACCAGCAUCGCUACCAGCCUCGAGAGGAGACUGUCUGGAAGAUGGUGAUCCUGCAGGGCCCAGAGACCAGUACCUGUCUGGACAUUCAGACUGGAGUUCAGUACUACAUCCAGGUCAGAGCCAGACCCAACGGGUCAGUAUACGCUGGCUACUGGAGCGACUGGUCACCCCGACUCACUGUGGACACGGCCUCCGACAUAGGUGCCCUCAUCUCCUGCAUCCCUCUCAUGGUGCUCGUUGUAUCAGUCGUCUUUAUCUCCAUGUUCUCCAGGUAUCUCAGUAAGCUCAAACAGUAUCUGUGGCCACCAGUCCCAAACCUUGACAAAGUACUCCACGGCUUCCUGACAGAUAUCAACGGACAGACUUGGGACCCUCCCUUCAACAUCAAGCAGUGUUCAGAGGAGACAGCAGCCUGUGUCGUGGAGAUCAUGUCUGAGAGGGAGGCUCCAGGCAGAGGGAUGCUUCCCAGGGAGUCCCCCUUACUACUCUCCCCAGAACAAGGCACUUCAGGCGGGGAGGAGGAGAGCCUGCCUACCCUGGUCCUGGAGGUCAGUCCGGAGUACGUGACCCUGACCAUGGAUGACGUCAUCCCCCGUCUCGGAGGGAACGAGUACGUGUACGAUGGGGAGGUGGGGGCGGAGUCUCCGAGCCUGCGGGUGGGGGGAGAGGGGGCGCUCCAGGUGAGGUGUCACUGCUCCUUUACUAGGUCCUCCAGCUUCCCAUCAUCCUCCAGUACCACGGACAUCCUCAACCACUCCUACCUACUGCUGGCCGAGCACCCCAUAGAGAGACUGGACUAUCCAGGGCAGCAGGGCGCCCCCCAGGGCAGCAGGGUCUAUGUCAACCUGGAGGGCACAAGCUCAGCAAACACAAAUGCCUGAUUGGCACUCUCGCACAGCACAACACAACAAGGGCACACAAAUUCAUGAAAAAGACAUGGGAAAAAUAGAUGAAACCAAGUACAAAAUACAAUAUCAAUGCUUUAAAUAUCAAAUGUGCUAUUCUCAAAACAAGGAUGUAUUUAGGAUAUUCAACUUUGCACAAUGCUGGAUGAAAUAUCUUAAUGUGUCUAGGAAAAUGUAAGACACAGCUCAAGUGUGCUUGUGGAUAUAAAAGGAAUGGAUGGACAGUUACAAAACAUCAACACAAUAUCCAUUACAUCACUAAUAAAACAGGUCAUUGAAUAUGUCAUUCAUUUGUAGCAUGUACAGUACAUUGUAAAAAGGUGUGACUAUUAUUAUAGAUUUAGUUUGGGAUUUGUGGGAUAACAUGCCAGGUGUACCCAAAUCUGGAUGGACUUUGAUAUUUUCCUUGGACAUACUAUAAAUAUAUAUCUAUUUUUCUUG